AUGACAGUCAGCAAUGCGGUAGCCAUAGCCGUAGUCCCCUGUUCAUCAUCUCCUUUUGCUUGUCUUUGUAGCAGGAGCAAAAUCAGCGGCAAUUUCGAGACGUCUGACGCCAAGGUUUCUGGAUUUGGUUUUGGUCUCGAACGAGCAUCAUCAUCGUCAUCGUCAUCUUCUAGGAUUUGUUAUAGAAAUUCUUGUUGUUUUUCUUCGAGAAGGACUCGUUUUGUCGGUGCGAACUGGCGAUCGCACGCGAUUGACACUCGCAUCGUUGAAAACGCCGCCGCAUCUACUGCUGCAACUGCCACCUUUGAUAUUCCCGUCACUUGUUUCCAGCUUAUUGGUGUUCCGGACAAAGCUGAGAAAGAUGAGAUUGUUAAGGCAGUGAUGAAUUUGAAAAGGGCUGAGAUUGAGGAAGGUUACACAAUGGAUGCUGUUGUAGCCCGCCAGGAUCUUUUGAUGGAUGUAAGAGAUAAGCUUCUUUUUGAACCUGAAUAUGCUGGCAACAAGAAGGAAAAGAUUCCGCCUAAGUGCCCCCUAAGAAUCCCAUGGGCUUGGUUGCCUGGUGCACUUUGCCUCCUUCAAGAGGUUGGAGAAGAGAAGAUUGUGUUAGAUCUGGGCCGGUCAGCUCUUCAUCAUCCAAAUGCUAAGCCCUAUGUUCAUGAUUUUCUUCUAUCUAUGGCACUAGCUGAGUGUGCAAUUGCAAAGACUGGUUUCGAGAAGAGCAAGGUGUCCCAAGGAUUUGAAGCUCUUGCUCGUGCUCAGUGUCUUCUGAGGAGUAAUAUAUCUCUUGGGAAGAUGCCAUUAUUGUCACAGAUAGAAGAAUCUUUGGAAGAGCUUGCUCCUGCUUGCACGUUGGAACUAUUAGGCAUGCCUCACUCACCUGAAAAUGCUGAACGGAGAAGAGGAGCUAUUGCAGCUUUGCGUGAAUUGCUCAGACAAGGGUUGGAUGUGGAAACCUCUUGCCAAGUUCAAGAUUGGCCGUGCUUUUUGAGCCAAGCUCUUAACAGGUUGAUGGCUACAGAAAUAGUUGAUCUUCUUCCCUGGGAUAAUUUGGCAAUUACACGGAAGAACAAAAAAUCAAUUGAGUCACAGAAUCAAAAAGUUGUAAUUGAUUUUGACUGUUUCUACAUGGCAUUGAUAGCUCAUCUUGCUCUUGGAUUCUCAAGCAAACAAAUUGAAUGGAUUAACAAGGCAAAAACUAUAUGCGAGUGUUUGAUUGCAUCAGAAGGUAUUGAUCUAAAAUUUGAGGGAGCUUUUUGUAUGUUUCUUCUUGGACAGGCUACUGAAGCAGAGGCUUUUGAGAAACUUCGUCAGCUGGAAUUAAAUUCAAAUCCUGCCGUGAGAAGUGCUCUCUCUGGGAAGGAAAUAAGAGAAGUUUCUGGUCCAAUUCCAUCAUUGGAAAAAUGGCUUAAGGAUAAUGUGCUUGCUAUAUUUUCUGAUACACAAGAUUGUUCUCCAUCUUUGGUCAAUUUUUUUCGGGGUGAAAAGAAAAAUCCUGUGAGCAAGAAAAGUAGAGUAGCUCCACAAGCCUCACCUACUAUAAGCCAAAGACCACUUGCAAAUUCUCUUUUAUCAAACUGGAGAGAUUUUGAUGACUCUCUUCCUUAUGUUAACUCUUCUAGUCAUCUUGGUUCUGCAGUUAAGCAGUUGGCUGCUACUGAUCUGCAAAGCCCAUUACUAUCAGCCAAGAACGGUAGUGGAAGCAAUGUCAGUGCACCAUCAGUUCAAUUUAAAAGGGAUCUUGGAGUACACCAUACCAAAGUUUGGGAAAGUUGGUUGGCUGGAAAAAAUGUAAUUGGAGGAAUAACAUAUGCUACUGUAAUGGGGUGCUUUAUGUUCCUUACAUUUAAGCUGUCAGGCAUGGGGUCAAAUAGGAUGAUAAAUGCUUCUAAAUUGAAUUCUACUCAACAAAAUAUGGGAACAAGUUCCCUUGUCUGGAAAAAAGAUUCUUCUCGUAAUAGCAAUCUAGAGCGUUCCCGCAUCAAGGGAAGUGGUAUUGCUGACAGACUUAAGGAGCUUGUGGAAAUGGUUAAGACGCAGUUCAGGAAUAAAUCAGACACUGGAUACUUACAAAGUGUUUGCCUGCCUGCUAGUCUAUCAACCUCAAUGACAGCAGUAAACCGGAGACAAAUGCCUUUAGAAGAAGCUGAAGCCCUUGUUAGGCAGUGGCAAACAGUUAAAGCUGAAGCUUUGGGGCCUAGGCAUGAGGUUCGUAGCCUCUCUGAAGUCCUUGACGAGUCAAUGCUUGUUCAGUGGCAAGCUAAAGCUGAUGCAGCAAAAUCCAGUUCGUGUUAUUGGAGAUUUGUUUUGCUGCAAUUGACCAUCUUGCAUGCUGACGUUUUCUCAGAUGGUAUUGUUGGGGAAAUGGCAGAAAUUGAGGCUCUCAUAAAGGAAGCGGCGGAGCUUGUUGAUGAAUCUCGGCCUCAGAACCCAAAUUAUUGCAGCACCUAUAAAACUCGUUAUGUUUUGAAAAGGCGAGAUGAUGGAACAUGGAGAUUCUGUAAAGGUAAUGUUCAAACACCGUCAUGAUACUAAACCUAGCUAAGCCUAGUUCCAUAAAGCAUGAACCCAGCCGAGGCACUGAUAUUAUAAUUCCUGCUAAUAUGAUUCCGUCGCUUCUAUUCAUGAGGGAGAUGGCAAAAUUUGGAAUCGGAUUCCGGAUGGAGGGGUAAGUUAAAUUAUCAUGCCGGGUGAUAAUAUGAGAAGAGAAAUUCAUUUGUUACUUACAAGAUGAUCAAUUCGAUAUGCACAGGUGUUUAGGAAGGAAGCUAAAUUCUAAUUACUAGUAGCUCAGGAAGUGUUAACCAGAAUGAGAAUGUGCUUGCAUAUUAAUUCUUUAAAGUGCUAGUGGAAUUGAUUUGAUUUAAUUUUUUUUAUAAAAUGGAAAUAUUUUUUAGUAGAAUAUGAUUGGCUCAGGGAGUAGACCAUGGCUUUGAUUUCCUCAUUUGAAAUGAAACUAUUGUUUCAAGAUUCUA